UGCACCGAACCCGGCAAGGGAGUCCGGCCCUUGCGCCCAGAACCUCAGUGGCUGGGCAUGACGGUCCCUCCUGUCCUGCUUCUCUUUCUUCUGUCCUCGGUGCAAGCCACUGAGCAGCCGCAGGUCGUCACUGAGCAUCCGAGCAUGGAGGCAGCCCUGACCGGGGCCAACGCUUCACACUUCUGGGCCAACUAUACUUUCUCUGACUGGCAGAACUUCGUGGGCAGGAGACGUUAUGGGGCCGAGUCCCAGAACCCCACGGUGAAAGCCCUGCUCAUCGUGGCCUACUCCUUCAUUAUCAUCUUCUCGCUCUUUGGCAAUGUUCUGGUCUGUCAUGUCAUCUUCAAGAACCAGCGGAUGCACUCGGCGACCAGCCUCUUCAUCGUCAACCUGGCAGUGGCGGACAUCAUGAUCACGUUGCUCAACACACCCUUCACUUUGGUCCGCUUUGUGAACAGCACAUGGGUGUUUGGGAAGGGCAUGUGUCACGUCAGCCGCUUCGCUCAGUACUGCUCUCUACACGUCUCGGCACUCACACUCACAGCCAUCGCUGUGGACCGUCACCAGGUCAUCAUGCACCCUUUGAAGCCUCGGAUCUCCAUCACCAGGGGUGUUGUCUAUAUCGCUGCCAUCUGGGUCAUGGCCACCUUCUUCUCGCUGCCACAUGCCAUCUGCCAGAAGCUGUUUACCUUCAAGUACAGUGAGGACAUUGUGCGCUCCCUCUGCCUGCCGGACUUCCCGGAGCCAGCUGACCUCUUCUGGAAGUACCUGGACCUGGCCACCUUCAUCCUGCUCUACCUCCUGCCACUCUUCAUCAUCUCGGUGGCCUAUGCCCGUGUGGCCAAGAAGCUAUGGCUGUGCAACACCAUUGGUGACGUGACCACCGAGCAGUACCUUGCCCUGCGACGCAAGAAGAAGACCACCGUGAAGAUGCUGGUGAUUGUUGUCGUCCUCUUCGCCCUCUGCUGGUUCCCCCUCAACUGCUACGUCCUCCUCCUGUCCAGCAAGGCCAUCCACACCAACAACGCCCUCUAUUUUGCCUUCCACUGGUUUGCCAUGAGCAGCACUUGUUACAACCCCUUCAUCUACUGCUGGCUCAAUGAGAACUUCAGGGUUGAGCUCAAGGCAUUGCUGACUAUGUGCCAAAGGCCUCCUAAGCCUCAGGAAGACCGGCUGCCCUCCCCCGUUCCGUCCUUCAGGGUGGCGUGGACAGAAAAGAGCCAUGGUCAGAGGGCUCCGCUAGCCAAUCACCACCUACCCUCUUCCCAGAUCUACUCUGGGAAGACAGAUCUGUCCUCUGUGGAGCCCAUUGUGGUGAUGACUUAGGGAAAGCAGGAUGA